CUUCCUGCCCACGCAAAUUGCACUUCUCAAAUCGUCCGCUGUUCUGGUUUAGAAGGCCAAAUAGCGACAGGUCGACAUGUCUGCGGCGUUGCGUGUACUAUAUUCUGUGUCCCGGCCAGGUGCCUUUGCAGCUGGACACAAUCUGGUGCGUCCAAUCAGUCUGUCAGCCCAGAGAGAGGGUUUCAAGUAUGUGAAUGCUCAGGAUCUGCCCACAGACAUGAAGUCCAUAACAGACCGAGCCGCUCAGACUCUGCUGUGGACGGAGCUCUUCAGAGGAUUGGGCAUGACCAUGAGCUACCUGUUCAGAGAGCCGGCCACCAUAAACUACCCGUUUGAGAAGGGGCCCCUGUCGCCCCGUUUCCGCGGUGAGCACGCCCUGCGCAGGUACCCAUCUGGAGAGGAGCGCUGCAUCGCCUGCAAGCUGUGUGAAGCCAUCUGCCCUGCCCAGGCCAUCACCAUCGAGGCAGAGCCCCGAUCGGACGGCAGCAGGAGGACGACGCGCUACGACAUCGACAUGACCAAGUGUAUUUACUGUGGCUUCUGCCAGGAGGCCUGUCCUGUUGACGCCAUCGUGGAGGGCCCCAACUUUGAGUUUUCCACAGAGACUCAUGAGGAGCUGCUAUACAACAAAGAGAAACUGCUCAACAACGGAGACAAGUGGGAGGCUGAGAUCGCUGCCAACAUACAAGCUGAUUACCUCUAUCGAUAGACCGGCUGGCGCGCAGAUACACAUACACACGACCGACUGACCGACUGACCGACCGACUGACUGACUGACUGACUGACUGACUGACUGACUGACUGACUGACUGACCGACUGACCGACUGACCGACUGACCGUACUCUGUUGAUAACCAUGAAACGCACACAGAUGCGGUAUGACAGACUGGCACACACAUUGUAUAGAUAUCCGUCAGCCUCUUUGACACAGACACGCAUCCAUCCAUACUAUACAGUUGAUCCAGAUCAAUGGUUCACACCCAGAUGUGUUUCCAGAGAUCCAGACAGCACCGUUUAUCUAUACUGCAUAAAUAUUGAAUGUGAUUUGGAUGAAUGGGACAAAUAAACAGCAGGAACCCACAGCUCUCCAGAACCAGGUCUGUGUGGACCACUGUAUUAAUAAGCUCAGUUCACCCACAGACAGAAGCACCCUCAGUCUCCUGUACCGGCAGCCCGCCCACAGAUGCCUAUCCUGGGGCACAUUCAAUAGGGAUACGUUGUGGAAAUUUGCAGAAAGAAAUUACAUGAAUAGAGUUGACAUGAUUCUUUAUUCUACUUGUCAGAGAGGCAUGUUUGUUCUACGUACCAUAUUUCUAUCUGAACGUUCCACAAUGCUGUGCCCUACUGAACGCACCCCUGAUGUCUUUCCUUAACUGUACUGUUUAUCUGAUUCGAGGUAAGAUAUUGCCCCUAACCACAGAUCUAGGAUCAGAUUAAAGUAACCUUAACCAUUAGGGGCAAGGAAAUAAAUCUGACCAUGUGUUAGUGGUUAGGGACAACUACCUACUUUGUGUUCCAAAUGGCAUCUUACCUGCUAUAUGGUACACUACUUUUGACCAGGACCCAUAAGACUGGUCAAAAGUAAUGCACUAUUUAAGGAAGAGUGUGCCAUUUGGGACGUAGUCCUACUGUUUUAAGGGCAGAGUGUUAUCAUUUGGUCAGAAAGCGUUACACAACCAGUUGGCACAUGAUACUCAGGCUCGAUUAUAAUAUCCUCAAGCUAGUAGAUAUAUUAGCCUGCUGCAAACACGAAGUUAAAUGGGGGUUUGUCAUGAGAAUUGUACAAAGGUUAAAUACUUGUGGACUUCAAAUUAUGAAGAAUAAAUAUUGUUCUGUCCGAAGUUUUCAAA